AAUAUAUCCCCAAAAAGUCAAGCUUAACUCGAAUAACAGUUUCAAACCAGUGGAACUAAUUUCACUAACUAUAAAUCAUUAGUAAAUGAUGAAACAUCACUAAUCAUGUAGGUACUAUAAGUAAUAAUACGUCAUUUGUGUGUGUUUCUGACUCACCUAUCUUUGUAUAAACUAAAAUACACAUUACACAAAACAAAACAAAACCCACAAAAGAAGAGAUCUGUUCCACCGAACUUUGGUCAGUCAACUUGUCGAAAGUCAACUAACAAACGGUGGCACACUCUGUCACAAAAGUAAACAUGAUUAUACAUGUACAACUCUCAGUUUAAUAUUCAAACAAGUCUUUGUUAUAUUCCAACAUCAAACACCAAAACCAGUAAAAGAUGGCUCCAAGAACACCAAAACGCCGCACCGUUCAGCAUUUCACGCAUAUUCAUCCACUAACCGAGUUUAACAGCGCCGGUGACUUCAUCUGCGACGGCUGCAAAACCUACGGCUCAGGCAAAACCUAUCGAUGCGAACCAUGCAACUACGAUCUCCAUGAUUACUGCGCCACGUGUCCCCUCACCCUACCAACCUUCAUUCAUCCCCAGCAUGAGCUCAGCCUCGUCGUCCGUAAACAACAGUCCACGCGCCAGAACGAACGCGCAUGCGACAUCUGCAACGAGUCGGUGGAAGGGUUGUUCUAUAGAUGCAAGCUGUGUGAGUUUGACGUGCACCCUCUCUGCACGCAGCUUCCACAGCACGUGAGGCACGUGCUUCAUCCUGCUCAUCACUUGGAGUUUCGCCUCGGAGGAGCUAGCCCGUGUAUGGUGUGUUACAACCCGUGCCAAUCUUGGAGGUAUAGGUGUGAGUUAUGUAGGUUUGAUAUUCAUAUGGAGUGUAUAUUAACCGUGUGCAACACGUCACCUUCUGACAAGACCGAAGCAUCGGGUACUAAGAGUAAAGGGCUCAAGCCACAAGGAGGACAACCAUCAUGGUCCGCGCCAUGGCAACAACCGCAUAUGGGUUACCCUUAUGGGUUUGGACCGAUGGGUCAACAACCGCAUUUUGGUUACCCUCAUGCGUUUGGACAAAUGGGUCAACAACCUUAUCAUCCUCAUAAUUUUAAUAAUUUUGGUUUCAUGAACGGGUUCAAUAUGAAUCCGGGUCAAGUACCAGAGGCCGGAUCGGGUCAAAAACCAAGUCCUAGCAAGGGCUGGAAAAUGUUUACUAUUGCAUCCAAGCUAACAAUUGGUGUGGUUUCUAAUGCACUGUUUGGGGUUUCCCUUGAAGGUCUCUUUUUUUGAGUUUUGAAUUAUUUUCCUUUCUAUUAAAUAAAAUUGCAAACCAAUGUCAAUCCAAUCAUUCAACUUUGAUCCCGCAUUUUAUAAUCCUACUUGUUUGCUAAAUGGAAAGUUUUUGAUUGUGUACAAUUAUUUGAUAGAUCCCAUGUGUAAAUCAACUCAAAAGUCAUAUAUACACAAUGGAUGCCAAAUUGACCAUAAUAUGGCAAUUAGUUAUUGUCAGUCAACUACUCAAAGUCAACUAAGCUGCUCUACCACGUUCUCAGGAUUUUUAAUGACCGAGUUAAACUUAAUAUUGGAGAACUAGUGAACGAAAGUUUUAUAAUUCUGUAACCCCCAACUAAGCAGAAAAAGAUUGUGU